CUGCUCAUUAUAUAUAUAUUCUCUCUCUUUCUCUCCCCCAAAAAUCUUCCUUUGCAUUUUCCCCAUUUAUAUUCAUUUGACCUGCCUCUAGGGUUUUUAUGCUUUACCAAUAUUCAUUCUUAAAUUCUCCAUCAUUCAAAUUUCACCCUGUUGAUCACUCAAAAUCCUACAAGAUCCUAAACUCUUCAAAGAUUGAGCUGAAUUUCGCCCUCGGAACUUAUUCUACCUGGUCAGAAGCUGAAGCCUUUCACCUGCAAUAUGGGAUGUUUUACGGUUUUAAAGAGAAAGAAGAAGAAAUCAGAGCAGAGCAUCUGUGUUAAACGCGUAAACCCACAGGAGCAGUCACCAACUGUGUUACCUGAACCACAAACCCAUACACGUUCCCUGCAGUCUGCGCCCCCAAGCUUUAGAACUAGAGUGAAACCUGUUCAGUCAAAUAAUGGAGUAAGCAAUAGCAGGAUACGAGCAUUAUCAGCUCCAUCAAGUCUCGAUGCUGCAGAACAAGAUGUGCUCGAGUCUAUAGAAUGCGAGGGACAAGAAGAGCCAAGGAGUCGCUUUGGGUCAAUGAAGGAAUAUAAUUCACCAAGUCCUCAACCUCUUCCUCUCCCAUCCCCACGGGGUAAUAAUGCUCUUAAGGCUACGACAAGCUUUAAGAUGAUAAAUGCUAGUGGCCCCCUAAAUAUGUCUGGACCACUUCCUCUACCUCCUACCUCACACCCAACUCUAACAGCUAAAGGAGUGCUUCCUAAUUUUUCAUUUGAUGAAAUUGCAUCAGCUUGUCAUAACUUCUCCCCUGAGAGAUGUAUGUCUGAAGGUCUCUCUUCUGUCAUCUACCGAGCUUCUUUUGCAGAGGAUGCAUCCGGAUCAAGGAAGCUCGAAGCCACUGUGACUCGCAUUCACCCUUGCAACCAGGGUUUAAAGGAAUUUGUGAAUGAUGUCAAUACACUUGCAUCUUUGCAACAUCCAUUCCUCUGUAAAUUGAUUGGUUUUCAUGCACGCGAAGGCUCAGACCACAGGAUGUUGGUUUAUGAGAGGCUAUUUCAUGGGAGCUUAGAUAGGCUUCUUUAUGGAAGAUCAGAUGGUCCACCCAUUGACUGGAAUGGUAGAAUGAAAGUUGCUUUAUGUGCUGCACAAGGUCUAACCUUCCUGCACGAGGAAGGACCCUUUCAGGCAAUGUUCCAUGAUUUCUCAACUGCAAACAUACAGAUUGACAAGGAUUUUAGUGCAAAGCUUUCUGGAUAUGGUUGCAUCAGCCACAUUCCAGAGGCGGAUAUCUCCAGCGGCUCAGCUGCUGUGGCAAAUCUUUCAGUGGAGACACUGGAGAGGGGGUUACUAACCCCAAAGAGCAAUGUCUGGAGUUUUGGGAUCGUACUUCUUGAAUUGCUCACUGGCAGGAAAAAUCUUGAUAGUCGGCACCCGAAGGAAGAGCGAAAUCUAGUGAAGUGGAGUAGGCCAUUCCUGGCUGAUGACUGCAGACUGUCACUAAUCAUGGAUCCUCAGUUAAAGGGUCGAUUCCCAGCCAAAGCAGCAAGGACAGUGGCUGAUAUUGCCCAAAGAUGUCUCCAAGUAGAUCCAUCGGAGAGGCCCACCAUGAGAACCAUUGUAGAGCAUCUCAAAACCAUACAAGAUAUGAAGUAUACCUCUCGGUUCCCUCUACAAGAGCCUGGAUCAAUUAGUGGGAAGCAUAUGUCGAGAUCACCCAGCCUGAAUGGCAUUGUCACUCCAGCUCCAAGAUCAAAUUUUCCUCCCCCAACUCUGCAUGCACUGCCUUUGGCUCUACCUCCCAGAACAAGUUCAUCCACACUCUCAUUGGAGGAAAUUGAUCGACAGGAAAGCCGGAGAUCAUCAUCCUCAACUGUUCGUAGAUCUAGUGCGAAGGAUUUUGAUAGUCAAUAGUGAGCAUUUUUUAAUUUUUUCUUGAACGUUGUGAAAUGUAGUCUUACAUAUUAUAUAGAAGAUAAGAUAUUUUCACACAAUUGGCUAGAAAUGAUUUGUGGGCUUCAUGUUUUUGUAAAUAAAGUUCUUUUUUCUCUUGGCGUGCGGUA